GUGUUUUGUCUUUGAGAACGCAAAAACCUUCAAAUAUAGCAUGACCUUAUCAACUAAUGUGCUCCCCGAUUGGAUUCCGCUCUUCAGUUUGACAGGUAUUGCUUCGUCUUUCGGGUCACUGUUCAGUUUGGCUGUCCUUUACGUCCUCGCCACGCUUAUCUACAAUGUCUUUUUUCAUCCACUCAAGCAUAUCCCCGGUCCGCUUUUUGCACGUGCCUGCGGCAUCCCAUAUGCCGUUCGCAUGCGAAAUGGCAACAUCAUUCCCUGGAUUCGAGAGCAACACGAAAGAUACGGCGACGCCGUCCGUCUAGCUCCAAGCGAAGUCUCGUUCAUCUCCGGGGAGACUGCAUGGCCGGAUAUAUAUGGCUUCCGCACGGGGAAGAAGUAUAAGAACACUGGCGCUUACUCAAAAGAUCGGAGCUGGUUUCCUACGCCAGUCAACAAAGUUUGGUCUCUACUCGGUGCUAACGAAGAAGACCACUCCCGCAUGCGCCGUAACGUCUCCCAUGCUUUUAGUGACAAAUCACUGAGACAGCAAGAAACACUCGUCCAAUCCUACGUCGAUCUCCUGGUCCACCGCUUAGGCGAGAACGCCGCAGAGGGGAAAGACGUUGACAUUAUGCGCUGGUAUAACUGUACGACCUUUGAUGUCAUUGCUGAUCUCUCCUUCGGAGAGCCACUGUACUGCCUCCGCGACAAUCAGUACCACAACUGGGUUAACAUGAUCCUCGCAUCAAACAAAGCCGGCGCAUACAUCGCCAUCCGAAACAAGUAUCCGCUGUUCAAAUACUACGAUAUAGUAAAAGGCACCUUCAAAGACACCAAGGGAUCCGAACGUGCCCGCAUAGAGUUCUACAGGUUGACGCACGACAAAGUGGAGAGCAGAUUAGAGAAGGGAGCAGAGGGCCGACCAGACUUCUUCAGCUUCAUCAUCAAGAACCAAGAGACUGAAUCCAAAGCUCUAACUCGCAAAGAAAUGGAUACGAAUGCGCUUGGUUUCCUCAUCGCUGGCUCAGAGACGACUGCUACCGCCCUCUCAGGCACCACCUACCUCCUUCUCAAGAAUCCAGCAGCAUACGCCAAGUUGGUCCACGAGAUCCGCAGCACUUUCACCUCUCACGCUGAAAUUACAAUCGAGGAGGUCAACAAGUUGGAAUAUAUGAUUGCCUGUCUCCAAGAGGGACUCAGAUACUACCCUCCUGUACCUAGUGGCUUCCCGCGUGUUGUUCCCCCAGGAGGUGAUCACAUUUCCGGGCAUUACAUCCCCGGAGGAACCUCUGUGUAUGUCUCUCAACAUGCUUCCAACCGCUCGACGCGCAAUUUCAAGGAUCCUGACGCAUACGUUCCGGAGCGAUGGGUAGGUGACGAGCGAUAUAAAGAUGAUAAUCAUGAUAGCAUGAAUCCGUUCUCUUUUGGGCCUAGAAACUGCUUGGGCAAGAGCUUGGCGUACGCGGAAAUGCGUCUCAUACUCGCCAAAGUCCUGUUUAACUUCGACUUGGAGAUUGUGAAUGAUAGCCAGGACUGGAUGAAGGAACAAAAAACCUAUGCGCUUUGGGAGAAGCCGAGUUUGAUGGUCAAGUUGAAAUCUGUGCAGCGAUGAGCGAUAGCCCGCGUGAAACACUGCAAUAGUAAGUUAUGAUUGAAAAGGAAUGCAUGGGUUUACGACAUAUCAACGAGGGUGGGGAAUGAUUGUGCCGUAGAGAGAUUAUUAGUACGCGCACGUAAGACGGAAACGCUGGAUGGCUCAAGGGAUGAGGUCUGCGAGACUGUGGUAGGAGUGUCUCCGUUUUGGGCUUGGGAAAUCUAAGACGCGCAUCAGCAUGACGUACAAAUCAUGGUUAGUUUGAGCUUCGUUCUCCUGGCUCGAUGAGCAUGUGGAGCGUGUGUAAAUGAAACACAUUUUCCUCAAUAAACAGAGUACUAUCUGGUUGAGAGAAACCCG